AUGGGCGUCUGGGUCCCUGAUAGAGACGCCGCCUGGGAACUUGAGCCAGGUGCUUUUGAAGAUAUGGCAGGUGUGACUGUGACGACUGAAGAUAGUCCGUCGAUUGAACCGCCCCGAAUUUUUACUUCUAAUAACGUCGGUGCAUCGCAAAUCAGCAUAGAAAUUCCUUUUCCUUUACGUAAUACUCAGGUCUCUCGUCGAGGACGCCGUCGUAAUCAAGUUGUUCGAGAAAUUUCAAAUAGCCUUUCAUUUCCAGACAAAACAGAAAGUCCUUUGAUCUUGAAUCGAAUGCAUGGCAAGCUUAGGCGUCGUAGCACUCAGUCUGCUUCUGAAAGAUCCAAUAUGAAUCGGUCCUCGAAGAGAGUCAAUUUAGCUUCACCUUUAGAUGAGCGGAUUCCCCAGGUACUGGAUGAUUUGAGACCUGGGAGUGUAAAUUCAACUCACAACGAACAGAGCGAUGUAGAGGAUGAAUAUAUUGAAUAUGAAGAUGAAAACGCUCUGGAUGAUGAUCAGACUCAUAUAAUUAAUAAAGAAGUUAAGGAUGGAUUUUCCCUUUCGGACUCGUUCUUUUCUUCUCUGGCUCAGUCAUCAAAAAAUACACUUUCGACUUUUUUUCCUCCUGUCCUG